AUGGUCAUGAAUUAUGGUGCCAUCACAUCGUAUAUAUCAUCUGCGGCACUGGCCCCUAAGCCUACGGUAAGGCAGCACUUCGUGAUGCUUCUCAAGUCCAGUAGGCCUCCAGGCUGGACAUUCGGCCCGAUUUUAUAUGGGAUCGGAGUUAUCUAUUCUGGAAUCAUUCCAAAUAGCAUUGGGGCGCUAGCUAUAUCAGCGUUCCAAAUCGUUACAUUGAGCUUUCCACUGUGCAUCAUUGUCUUCGGCAUCAAUGACAUCCAUGACUACAAGUCAGAUCUAUUAAAUCCGCGUAAAUCGGUCACAUCGCUUGAAGGAACUAUUCUUCCCCCAGCCCACCACGACUUUGUUCGGAAGGCUGCGAUCGCUUGUUCAGUUGGAAUCAUCAUGGUUUCAAUGAUUCCUUCCUUUUAUAUCACAUCUGGUACCAAAGUUGAGCCUAGUUUGCAACUUAAUUCUCCUAUUCUAUCAACAGCAGGACUUGUUGCUCUCGGCUGGGUCUACUCGGCACCCCCUCUUCGGUUGAAAGAAAUACCCAUAAUAGAUUCGAUUUCUAAUGGUGUCAUCGUCUGGCUAUCUUGCUUUAUUGGGUUCUCUUCUGCACGUGUGUUGACAGGCAACUUGAAUUGGGGGCUCGCCGAUAUUCCAGCAAAAGGAUAUAUAUUAGGACUUGUCACCGCAUCUGUUCAUGCCCUUGGGGCCGCGGCAGACGUCGAAGCAGAUAUUGCAGCAGGUCAACGAACGAUAGCGACCCAAAUAGGAGAAGGGGAUGUGCAUUAA